AUGUUACUCACCCUCAAAUAUUUGAAUAAGAUUAAACAGAUUAAUUUGGAUAAAAGGGUAAAUGUGCAAUCUUUGCAAAUACUUUUGGCAUAAUUAUUUACUAUCAAAAACAGAAUAAUAGGUUUGAUUGAUUAAGAUGGCAACUUCUACGAUUUAUCAUAAUUUAUCUAAUUAUUGUAAUAGACAAGAUGUAAUAUGUACACUAUUGUAAGUGAAGAAAAUUAUAAUUAAAAAGACAACAAAUUAUUAUAAACAUCUCUCAAAUAUAGUUAGAUGUCAGAUUACAACAAUAGGCUUUCUUUUAUUGAUUUCAUCUAUGAUUUGGAGGAAUUCCAGUAGAUUCUAGGUGGAGAUCAAUACACUUGUAUUUACUUGAUCGAUGAAAAGGAUUAUCAAGGGUUAGAUUUUCUAUGUGCCCUAGAACCUUUGAUAAAUAACUUUAAUAAUUGGAUCAACUUUUUCUAUUCCUUUAGUAACAGAUUACAAGAUUAAGCCAGGGAGAAUGAUUUGAAUGUUAAAUUACUGUGGAUCUACAAAGGAUCUAAGAAAAUUGUUUCCUUUUAAUUGAAUAAUGAUAAAAAAAUGAGAUAAAUGGAUGAAAUUAUACAAAAAUUAGUUUAAGCCAAAUUACAAGGCACUAGCACAAGAACUUCGAAUAUCAAACAGUAAUCUCAAAUCUCAUCUCAACAAUCUCCUAAUAACAGAAGAAGCAAAUCUAUUCGUAAAUUAGUUGAAGAAUCUUAAACUUCUAAUAACAAUUUGUAUAUGAAUUCUAAUUUUGGGCCUUCAAAAUUAAUCACUAGGGUUUAAGCCAAACUCAUCCAAAGGGAUCCCUCAAGAGGCAGUGAAAAUUUUGAAGAUUAUCGAUCUUAACAAUAACAUUCAUCCUAAUAUCAAUAAUAAAGCAAUAUCUAUCAAAACGAAUCAAUAAUCAGUUAAUAAGAUAUGCUUUUUGCUUUGGUAGGAGAUUUAGAAGUAAAAGAAAUAUUAGAUGUCACUAUGGCAAGAUUAGUAAAGCGUUUGUUAAUAGAAGAAAACAAAGAAAUUAUACAAGUCUUGUAAAUAUAUUUGUAGAAUCAUAUCAACAUACAAUAAUUAUGUGAAAGAUUGAAUAAAAUUAUUGAGAAUUGCACCUAUCAAGAGAGACCAACAUCUCCUUUCUAAACUCUUAAAUAAACCAAACCUUAAAUGAAUUCUUAAGACUCUAAUCGUUCUGCAUAAUAAGAUUCACUUCAAUCUCAUUAGACUUAACUAUUAGAAGACAUUAAAAAUAAAGUUAUUGAAAGAAACAAUUACAAUUAUACUUCUGAGUAAUUUGGAAUUAUGAAUGUCUUAUGGAAUCAAUAGGAUCAAGUUUUAUUACAAUUAUGUACAGAUAUUUAUAACAAGAUGCAAAAAGGCGAAUAACCCUCUCUAAAACCAUUAUAGAUUUAUUCUGGUUCCAAAUUUAAUCAAUUAUUGUAGUAAAAUUUCAAAUUAUCAGAAAUUACAAUGAUUCACGAAUAUAAUAAUAGUCAUCAAGGGUCAAUCUAUGCAGUCCUACAAUAUUUUAGAUACUAAACCAAUAUAGAAUAGUUUAUUAAUGAUUUAAGAAAAGCUAUUAAUUCAGUUUAAAGCUAAAAUCAACAUCUUAAUUAACCUUAAAAAUAGCAAACCCAAGAAUCUAAAGUAAUCUUAUUAUUUAAAUAAAUUCCAAAAGCUCCAUCGCCUUAGAGUGUGUUAAUGCCCAAUUUUUAAUUAUAAGAAAAUACAUUAACUUAAGCUACUGCUACUACAAUAUAAUAGUAAUAAUAAUAGGAAUAAUAAUAGGAACACUAGUAGGAAUAAUAGUAAUAAUUAAAAAAAUAAAAAGAGAAUUAAAUAAUGGUUGUGCAUUAGACAUAACCUAUUCCAUAAUAAAUUGAUAAAAAAAUUGAAGAAGUAUCAGUUAUCUAAACAUCAGUUUAAGAAUAGCCAAUCUUUAAAAAAAGUGAUAUUAUGAGUAGAUCUGAGUAAAUUUCUCCGUAAAAGAGAAUAAGUACACAAGAAGUUGCCGCUAAUGUUAUUUUUUUAAAUGAAGAAAAUUUUAUGUAAACCAAAAAAGAAAAAAGACUUGUCAAUAUGGGAAAGAUCGAUUAAUUUUAUUCAAUUCAAGUAGAAAAAGAAUUAGAACAAAUAUUUAAAGAUAUGCUUUGGGAUAUGGAUUUAGAGGAGCCAAAAGUAAGAUAAGUAGAAAUGUUAUUUUCAGAACAUAAUCAGAAUCUAUAUGAAAUAUUAUAAGGUUGGUAAUCUUCUAGAAAUAUUAAUGGUACAAGAACAAAACUUAUAAAAUUAUUAUCUGAAUAAUAAGUUAAAAAAGAUGAUUAUAGAAAAAUAAAGAUGUAUAAUUUAUUUAUGAAUUAAGUGAGGUAAUUUACAUUGUAAAAUCAUCUAUAAGAUAAUGCGAAAAACUUUUUAUUAAAAAUGUUUAUGGAUAAUGAUUUAUAGGUUUUAGGAACUUUUGAAACUUAUUUGUAGAAUCAAGAUGCUGAAGAUAUGUUAGAAAAUUUAAAGUUGAUAAUCAAAUAAUAUUCGAAAUUCACAAAUAUCAAUUCACCUAAUACAGAUGUGGAUCAAUAACCUAUUAUAGAGCCAAUCAAGAAUUAAUUAUCUGCAAAAGAGAUUUUAUUGCAAAUUAGAAAAUAUUUUUCAGCAGAGGAAAAGAAUAGAUUAGAAAAUACGCCAAAUGAAGAGAGAGAUUUGAAAAUUGUUUAAUUAUAUUAAGACUAUCUGUAAGAUUAAGAUUUAAAUGGAUUUAUUUCUGCCGUCAGAAAAUUAAGUCAAUAAGAUUAAAUAAAAAAAUAAUUUGAGGACUUAUUAUAAAAGUUACAAAAGGAAGGAUAAUUAAAGAUAGAUGAUUACAUGUUGUCUGUUGUUAAUUAGAGAAGAAAUGAAUAAACAAUAAAGGGCGUUUUUGAGUUAUAUCUAUUUAAUAAAAACAUCGAAGAUUUUGUAGAAAGUAUAAAAAGCAUUUCUAAAAUAUUAUAAUAAGAAUUGAUUCUUUAGACCUUGAAUUAAUUUGAGAAAGAGAAGCUAUUGGAUGAAAGAAAGAUAGCAAUUUUGAAAGAGAAAGCAUAUGAUUAUCACAAGGAUUAUCCAAAAUUACUGGGUGCAUUUGCUUUAUAUUUUGAACAAGCUUCUAUAGAUUAAGAGGAAGCCAAAAAAGAAAUAUUAGAAACUUUAAGUCUUUUCAGUUCAUGA